AUGGAUUUCGCGGCGAGUUCGACAAAAAACACUGGAGAAAAACCCGAGGAUUUACAGGACGAGAUUCUUUUUCUCAAGGGAAAGCUGAGCAACGAGAAGCGACGCAGAAAGGAGACGGUGACUCAACUCCAGAAGCAAAUUUAUUCUCUAAAAUCGGAGCUAGCCGAAACGAAGCAGAAAUUGUCGACCAAGUUGCGGCGAGACGGGAUUGAAGAGGGGAAAAUUGAGCAAAAAAAGCGCUUAACUUCUUCAGAGCUAAUAUUUUUCGAGGACGCUUUACAAGAUGCCGAAUGGAAACGACAAAAUAUCACUCAAGCUUUCAAGCGUUUAAAGCAACGAGUUCGGUUUUGUGCUCAAUGCAGCGUUGACGUUGAUGUGGAGAAACAAUCACUCGAAAACGAUACGGAAACGACGAAAAAAAAGGAAAAACAAAAGAAAAAGAGCGCUUUGAAAUUGAGCAAGGUCCGAAGUGGAAAAGUGAAAAAGUCACGGAAGAGGCACUCGAAAAAGGUAAAAUCGUUGACAAAAGCGCUCGAGAGUUUUCAAAUU